AUGUUCGCCACCGUUCUCGCCCUUCUCAGCACCGUCGCCUUCGUCGACGCCACCCAGGUCAAGUCCGUCAGGAUCGGCGACGACCCCAUCGCCCAGCAGGGUAACUGGACAGUGCACGACGUCGCGUCGUCCGCGGUCAUCCUCGAGAACGCCGCUGCGGGCGUCGCGUCCACGCUCUCCGCGUCGCUCAUCCUUGACGAACUGCGCAUGGAGUGCCCGUACGCGGACCACGUCGGCGCGCUCAUCCCUGUCGAGGGCGCGAACCCGAAGCAGUACACGCUCCAGUUUGUCAAGGAGGACGCGCAGCUGCCGGCGGGCGCGAUCAAGGACGGCUGGUUCCAGAAGGACGCGGCGGACGAUCUUGUCCACCCGGACCAGCAGAAGCUCGGUAACUCGAAAGUGAACCAGAACGGCGUGUUCGAUGUCGUAUCGGGUAACUUCGACUUCCCCGCGCUUUCUUGGGUCGAGAAGACGCCUGAGCCCGGUGAGGGCUUCCUCGUCGUCGUCGACUACUCGCACGACCUCACUUGCUAG